AUGACCGUGUUGAUGAGAUUCGUCCUCCAGGCCGGGUUCACCGCGUUAUAUACGUUGACCAACUCUUCUGCAUUGAAAGGCGCUGUCUUUGGGAUUCCCUAUCCCAUCUGGUGGUCUACCACAGCAGGCAUCAGGGCGCCAGGCAACGAAGCGAAGUUCUUUCAACGACUUCGUCAGCUAGAAGAGGCUGGUGCUCUUAUUGUCAACAUUACCACGCCGUUGCCUUACGCCACCGAGAUUCAGAAUGCAUAUGGAUGGGGCGAUGCCAUAGAGACACCGUAUUGGCUGCAAAGUGCACGCUACUUGAACGUGGACAUGUACAACGGUUACACAGAAUGGCUGCAGAAGAUCACUUGGCCGAAUGGUACGAGCGGUGGUCUUCCCUUGGAGAACCUUGGCGACAUGGUCGUGUGGAACCAGCAGAACAACGAUACAACAGGUGCUCUUGGUGGUGCGUAUCCAUGGAAGAGCGGGCAAGACGCACUCAUUGCUGCCGUAGCAACGGGAGGUGUCAGAGAUGAACGAUACUGGAAAGCUCUGUUCUGGCGACAAUCGAGGUCACAGGCAUGCAUCAACGGCGCAUACGCAUAUCGACUUGGGAACGGAACAUCGAUCGAGCUCGACGCAGUACUGAUUCCAAACGUCGCCGCGGCUGGAUCGUCUUCAGCCAUCGCCAGUGUUGUCGACGCUGCACAAUAUCCAGGCAUCACGAUUCCAAUCGACGUCGAUUCGAUUCAACGUGCCCAUGGGUUUGGGAAUUUGGGGAAGAGCAUACGAAGAAGGCAGGCUCGUGAAAUGGGCGUCUGCUAUGGAGGAUCUGUUCCAGUUCAACAAGCACUUCGAGCCAGAGUUCGUAAAUUACAACUCAACCAAGAUUCCUUUUGA